CUUUUUCUCUCACUAAUUAAAUCAUCAUCUCUCUCCCUCUCUCCUCUUUUCUCCAUUAAUAAAAUAAUUGUAAAAUCAAGUGUGCGCGGAUUGGUAUUUUACCUAACCUGAAAUUUCUGUGUUUUUUUUAUUGGCAUCUGACAAUAAGAAACGUUGUUUCAUCUUGCCCAGAAACCCAAGCAAAGGAAACAAACAGUACAGAAUCCGAGAAGAAAGUGAAAAUGAAGAAAGGUUCCUUAGCACCUAACCUCAAGCUCUCUCUCCCUCCACCCGACGACAUCUCUAAAUUCCUGACUGGUUCGGGUACAUUUAAGGAUGGUGAUCUCUUGGUUAACAGGGAUGGAGUUCGGAUCGUCUCCCAAGCUGAAACCGAAGCUCCGGCGUUAAUACAGCCAUCGGAUAACCAGUUGAGCUUAGCCGACUUCGAUGCAGUUCAAGUUAUCGGCAAAGGAAACGGAGGUAUUGUCCGCUUGGUUCAACACAAAUGGACCGGUCAAUUCUUCGCUCUUAAGGUUAUUCAAAUGAACAUAGAAGAAUCCGCUCGUAAGAACAUAGCCCAAGAGCUCAAAAUUAACCAGUCUUCUCAAUGCCCCUAUGUAGUUGUUUGCUAUCAAUCUUUUUACGAUAACGGUGCAAUCUCGAUAAUACUCGAGUAUAUGGAUGGUGGCUCUCUCGACGAUUUCUUGAAGAAAGUCAAUAUAAUUCCCGAACAAUAUCUCGCUGCAGUUUGUAAACAGGUACUCAAAGGGCUAUGGUAUCUUCAUCACGAAAAACACAUUAUCCACAGAGACUUAAAGCCUUCGAAUUUACUAAUAAACCACAGAGGUGAAGUGAAAAUCACCGACUUUGGCGUUAGUGCAAUACUUGCCAGCACAUCUGGUUUAGCUAAUACAUUUGUCGGCACAUACAACUAUAUGUCUCCAGAGAGAAUACUUGGAGGUAACUAUGGUUACAAGAGUGAUAUAUGGAGCCUUGGUUUGGUUUUUCUCGAGUGCGCGACAGGUCAAUUUCCUUACACCGCACCACAGCCAGAGGGGUGGGUUAAUGUAUACGAGCUGAUGGAGGCCAUUGUUGAUCAACCUGCACCUCGUGCACCGUCCGAUCAGUUCUCACCCGAGUUUUGUUCGUUUAUUUCUGCUUGUGUGCAGAAGGAUCCCAAAGAUCGACCUUCAGCCAACGAACUUAUGGCGCACCCUUUCAUCACAAAGUACGACAAUUGUGAAGUCGAUCUUGCGUUGUACUUCACCGGUUCGGGGCCUUCACUAGCCACACUUUAAUCAAGGUACGAGAAAUGUUCAUACCGGUUUUCGUUCUUCGCUGCUGUCAAUCGACGAGCCAGCCACUUAUUUGCUUGUCUUUUUUUUUUCUUUUUUGAAUUUUGUCUGGGUUUAGAGAGUUGAUUUCAGUGUGUGGUUUAUGUUAUAUCCACUUAAAUGUGUGGGUUAAAGACUUAUCAAUCUUUGCCUUUUCAUGGUGCUUUGAUUCUAUUA